UGAGAAGGACCCAAUGCCAACUGGUUCCUUAAGGACUUCUACUGCAGCAAUUAAUUUCAGCUCAUCUCUUUGUGAAUAAGAAGAAAGAAAUGAAAUACUUGAUUUUUUCUACAGUCUUAGUUUUCUUCUCUUUCAUUCAUACUGCUUUUCAGACACUUGACAAUGAAAUAUUGUUAAUAUACAAUGAGGAUACUAAGCUCUGUUUAACUGCUCAGAGUUCUCAUGCAGUGACCACAGCUUCUUGCAAGAAAAACACAGAGUUACAAAAAUUCAGGUGGGUGUCUGCUCACCAGGUGAUGAGCGUGGCAUUUGCACAAUGUUUGGGAGUGCCCUACAAGCAAAAGCAGGCUAAAAUUUCUUUGUACCCAUGCAACAAUAAGAGUGAAUUCCAGAAAUGGGAGUGUAGAAAUGCGACCUUGGCAAUCCAAGGGGAAGAUUUAUUUCUCAGUGCUGGCAAAAGAAAAGAUGACAAUAUCGUGCUGAACACAGGAUCAGCGAUGAUGAAUAAAUGGAAGAUCUAUGGAACCAUGGAUGAUUUGUGUUCUCGAGGCCAUGGAGAUCUGUUCACAUUGUUAGGAAAUGCCAACGGAGCUGCGUGUGUCUUCCCCUUCCAGCUGAGCAGUAAAUGGUAUGCUGGGUGCACAGCUGCCGGCAGGUCGGACGGCUUGCUCUGGUGUGCAACAACUCCUGACUUCGAUGUUGACCAUUUGUAUGGGUUCUGUCCAACUGGCAACAAUGACAGAUUUUGGAGCACAGAUCCUUUGACAGGAACCUACUACCAGAUAAACUACCAGUCAGCUCUCACGUGGCACCAAGCAAGGAAGAGCUGCCAGCAGCAGAACGCAGAAUUAUUAAGUGUCACAGAGAUACAUGAACAAAUGUAUCUAAGAGAUUUGAUUGACAGCAAGAGAUCCUCUCUCUGGAUUGGGCUUAACAGUCUGAAUCUCAAGAGUGGCUGGCAGUGGAGCGGUGGCAUUCCCUUCAGAUACUUUAACUGGGCACCAGGAAGCCCUGAGCCUGAGCCUGAGAAACUCUGUGUAGUACUAAAUCCCAGAAGAGAUGCUAAAUGGGAAAACCAGCCAUGUGAGCUGAAAGUUGGCUAUAUCUGUAAAAAAGAAAACUCCACGCUGGAUCCUUUCAUUCUUCCAUCAGAGCCUGUUAAAUGCCCAGAAGGAUGGUUGCCCUAUGGAGAUCACUGUUUCAUGGUUCAUAGAGACCCCAGAGUAUGGAGAGAAGCCCUAAUUUCCUGCAAUGAGAGCAAUGGCAAUCUGGCCAGUAUCCACAACCCUGAGGAGCAUAGCUUCAUACUGUCUCAGCUUGGCUACAAAGCUGUGGAUGAGCUGUGGAUUGGUCUGAAUGACCUCAACACUCAAAUGUACUUUGAGUGGAGUGAUGGGACUCCUGUGACAUAUACCAAAUGGUUGCCUGGAGAACCAACCCAUGCAAUCAAUGGGCAAGAAGAUUGUGUCAUUAUGGCAGGAGAGGAUGGAUACUGGGCAGACAGUGCCUGUGAUAGAAAGUUAGGUUACAUCUGCAGAAGAGACCCACUACAAGGAGUUUCUGGGACAGCAAAGACUGAUCCUGCCUGCCUGAAGGGCUGGGAAAGACAUGGUUUCUACUGCUACCUGGUUGGCCAUACCUCUGUAACUUUUUCAGAAGCAAAGAAAACCUGUGAAAGGAGCAGUGGUUAUUUAACAAGUAUAAGAGACAGAUACGAGCAAGCCUACCUGACCAGCCUCGUUGGCCUGAGCUCUGAGAAGUAUUUUUGGAUUGGUCUCUCAGACACAGAAGAGCAAGGGAUGUUCAAGUGGGUGACUGGUGAAGGUGUUCUGUACACAAACUGGAACGCGGCAAUGCCUGGGAAUGAAGCUGGUUGUGUUGCCCUAAGGACUGGAAAUGCAGCUGGACUAUGGGAUGUUCAGAACUGUGAAGUAAAGGCAAAAUUUCUCUGCAAAAAACUAGCUGAAAAAAUCACUCUUCCUCUUGCUCCUGAAACUGUUUCUGAUUCCAAAUGUCCCUUGGGUUGGGAUACAAGCAAUAGCACUAAUUCAUGCUUUAGAGCUUUUGUGAGAGAAGAAAACCAAAAGAAAACAUGGCUUGAAGCCCGAGAUUUCUGCAGAGAAAUAGGAGGAGAUCUGGCUGCCAUUAGAAGUGAAGAAGAGCAAACAGUGAUAGAAAACUUAAUAAUAAAAAAAUCCCCAUCAUCUCAGCCUUUCUGGAUAGGUUUGCAGUGUCUGGAUCCUGAUGGUGGGCUUUCCUGGAGUGAUGGAUCACCGGUGAAUUAUAAGAAAAAUGGUUAUUUUUACAAUACUGCGUUUGAAUAUUGUGGAGCAAUCAGUGAAGAGUCUUCCAUGUCAUGGAUUAAGGUGCACUGUGAAUACAGUCAUAACUGGAUUUGUGAAAUAAAGAAAGGGACACCUUUGAAACCAGAACCUCAAGGUCCUUCUGCUGUGUACGAAGUCACAGAAGAUGGCUGGAUUAUAAAAGGAGACAAACAAUAUUUUUUCAGCACAGAAAAGACCUCUAUGGAAAAAGCCAGAACAUUUUGCAAAAACAAUCAUGGAGAUCUUGCUACUAUUGGAAGUAAUAGUGAAAGAAAAUUUUUGUGGAAAUGUAUCUUAAAAAAUGGCAAAUUGAAGUCAUAUCUCAUAGGAUUAAUUCAGAAUGCUGAUCAACAGUUUAGUUGGAUGGAUGGAAGCCCGGUGCACUAUGCAGCUUGGGCACAGGGUGAGCCCAACUUUGCAGAUGCUCAAGAAAAUUGUGUGGUCCUAAACAAAAAUGAUGGCUUGUGGAAUGAUGUCAGCUGUGGUUUUUCAAAUGGCUAUAUCUGUGAGAGGCACAGAAGUUUUAUAAAUGCAACACUUCCUUCAGCAGUACCUUCACCUCCUGGAGGAUGUCCUGAAGAUUGGCUUUUAUUUAAAAAUCAGUGUUACAAAUUUUUUGGCUCUUCCUAUGAAUACUGGCAUACUGCAAGAAGAAAUUGUAUGAGCCUUGGAGGAAACCUGGCGAGCAUACAUAAUGAACAAGUACAAGCUUUUCUCACUUACCAUUUGAAGGAUGUUUCCAAUGAUCCCUGGAUUGGCUUGAAUGAUAUACUCAGGGAACUCAACUUUGUUUGGACUGAUGGAAGUGCUGUCUCCUAUACAAAUUGGGCUCCAGAUUCCCCAAAACUUGUAGAACCCGUUUUGUAUCCCAGUCUACAUCCAGAAGACGGCCACAAUCUGCAACAGUUUGAUUGUGUUUCUCUGAAGAGAGGUCAUGCUGAUGACACAGGAAAAUGGAACAAUGAGGAGUGUUAUAAGUCCACAGGGUAUAUAUGCCAGAAGAAUAGUGAUCCUGAACUCUUUAACUCAUCAGCAACAGUGCUGGACUUCGCUUUGUACCAUUCUGGUGGCAUUAGCUAUUCUGUCACCCCUUCCAAAAUGAAUUGGGAGGAAGCACAGAAAAACUGCAAUAACAAUGCCUCAGAACUUGCCAGCAUUUUAGACCCAUAUAGCCAGGCACUGUUGUUCUUACUUGCACAGGAAUAUGGAGAGCCUCUGUGGAUUGGUCUUAACAGCAACGCGACCAAUGGCAAGUAUCAAUGGAUUGACAGAUGGAGAUUAGUUUACAGCAAGUGGUCCAGCGGGGAACCAAAACAGACAUUAGCAUGUGUCUACCUAGAUACUGAUGGCACCUGGAAGACAGCUUCUUGCAUGGAAAAACUCUUUUCUGUCUGUAAAAAAUCAGAUGUAAAGGCCCCUACUGAGCCCCCGCAACUUCCUGGAAAAUGCCCUGAAACAAGAGGACACAAAUCUUGGAUACCUUUCCAUCGUCACUGCUAUUACUUUGAGGCCUCCAGGAAAAGAAGCUGGUCUCAAGCUCAUCAGGAAUGUGCCCGACUAGCUGCUAAUUUGGUAUCAGUAGGAGACUAUACUGAAGCAAACUUUCUGUCAGACACCAUUAAGAUACUCCAUGGAAAAUCACCGAACUUUUGGAUAGGGCUAAAGAAAAAUGACAGAGGACAAUGGGUAUGGACAGACAAAUCUGCAAUGGAUUUUGUCAACUGGCAAAUGGGAGAACCUUCAAACAAAAGGCAUAAAGAGUGUGGAGAAGUAUAUGCUUUGUCUGGCUACUGGAACACCAAUGUCUGUUCUUUCAAAAAAGGAUAUAUCUGUAAAAAAACAAAAACUCCUGAAAACACAGAGGUGUCAACAGAAAAUACAGAAGGGAAAAUGGAGAAAGUACUUUCCGCCAGCAUCAUUUGGCUGUUCGUUCUUCUAGCCCUUACUAUAGUUGGAGCUGGAAGUAUAAUUUAUUUCUACUUGAGGAGGAAAAGACAAAACCUGCUACAUAUCUCAACCAGAAUGAGUGGACCAGAAGCAACGGUGGAUAUCCUAGAAAAAGAUGAACAUACCGACAUGUAGUCUGACAAAAUGCCCAUAUGUUCCAACUAACAAAAACCAGCCUAUGAAUCGGUGAAAUCUUAUGCCAGCUUUGCAUUUUCCUACCCAGAUAAUAGUCUCCUCCCUUCACAAAUAUAAAGUUCAUGGAUUUAUAUAAAUACACACUCAUAUAUACUCCCUCCAAAAUUCCCUCCAAAGUGUUAUGGAGUUUCUUUUGUUUCCUUUGGGGAGUACACAGAUAUAUUUUUCACAUAAAUGAGCAUGGCUGAAAAGCUGGCUCCAGAGGUGUUACAGGAAAACUCUGACAGAUAUUUACUACCUGAAAUCAUUUUAUUUAACUCAAUGUAGAAAUUCUCCUUUAUACACAGGGGAAAUCAUUACUCAUAUCUUUACAUUAUUUUUUCCUGCUGUAUUACUUCAGUGUUAUCUACACUAUGAUAGGAAACACUGCUCAUUUCAGAUUUUCAGCUUCACAGUUUAUGAUACUAUCUUUUUAUUCAUUUAAAACCUGUUACAAUACCUGCAUCUGUGAAUUAAAUAUUAUUUCCUUACCAAAAAAUAGAUGGAAAGAUGGAAAAAAAUUGAAGAGACUCCUUUAUUCCUACUUCUAGUCUGAAUUUCAGGAAUAAUUAUGCCAUUUCCUACAGUCUUGCACUUUUCUAUUAUUCUAUAAACAUCAACAUUUUUCUGCCAGGUUCAAAUUAAUAAUAAAAAUACAACAGUAGAUGACCUUUCCAUUGGGUUUUAUUUCAGUACUAAUGCUUUCAGUAUGCAGAGAUGCCCCUUUUUAAAUCCAAGCAUGUAUAAUAAAUGGCUAUCUUAUACUGCAUUAUAUAACUCUCUGGUUUAGAGAAAUCAAAUCACUGAUGUACUUUUUGAAAAUAAAUUCUUCCAUUUUUUGUUGUAA